AUGCCGCUGCUCUUUCAGAUGACUUUGUGUAUUGACAUCCGUGUGGUUGUCCCCGGAGCCUGGGUGGCCUUCUCUUACAGCUCGGUCCUCGCAACCAAACCUGAGCUGGGCCUGGAGGGGGAUGAUGAGGCGCUGUAUGGGUGGCUGCUGAGGGUCCGACACCGAUUUCCUAUCCGGCUGUCCCCAAAACUCUGGCACAGGGUGUGUCUGAGGAGGGAUGUACCACGCAACUCCUUCAGCCUGGAGGUCGACGGGAGAAUGGUGGCCGAUAGGACGGUCAUCGCUCAGGCCAUCCCCCCCACCGGCUCCCUGUGGCUGGGCUGCCGUCCCAGAGACCGGCCCCCGGGAGCCGCGCUUGGGGAAUUGGAGCUGUACUUGUUCCGCAUGUGGCCGGACGUGGGCCGCCAUGGCCCCUGCGAGGACGGCACUGUGAUUGGCUGGAAUGCUCGGUACUGGGGCGUGACCAGUCCCAGGGCCAGACAGAGAGACCCAUACCUUCUGUGUGGGUCCUCACUAGUAAACUGUAACGUCAGCCAACUCUGCUCCCCUUACAAUGCUUCCUUUUGGAUGUCCAUAACUGUGGAGGUCAAAGGCAGCAACCACCCUGAACACCCCGUCGAAAAAUGGGUGUCAAGUGCGCUUGGUUGCGACAAUGACAAAGGUUUCUGUCCAGGUGACGGAAAACUUCAGAAUGUACAGGUGAACUGCAGAGCAGAUCAAAUAAGACAAACAACCUGCGAUGUGCUGGUGCAGCUCAGCAGAGCCAUCACAGAGUGUGAACUGCAGCUUGCUGCAGAAUCUGCACUGGAGCAAGCUAAAACCACCCAAUUUCAAGCGAGUAUCAGAGGACAGGUGGACAGAGUCGCUCUGUCAUUGAGCCCAACUCCAGCCCAUCUCCACAAUCUCAGACUGAAUCCUGCAGCAGUGAGUAUCAAACCCCCAGGCUUGAACAGAGUCCACUGCUGCAUCUGCUGCUGUAACUGUGUUUUGUCUGUCUCUCAGGUGAAGCGCCUCGCUUUUGUGACUGUACCGCUUUCUGUAGCUCUGCAAUGUUUGGGGGUUAUAAUUGACAUAUGUGAACAAUUCUUUGUUUCCAGGUCAGUGUGCCAGAACAUUAUAAAACACCACAAGCGUGUUCAUCUGGAAUGCCAUGGGACAAAACCCAGUUUGUACAGCUGCAUGGUGAUACUGGAGAUGUCUGGACCUGUGAAUGGUAGCUCCCUGAAAAAACUUUUGCAAGAUGUCAUUGACAACACUGGUGGCAUAACAAUUACAAAGCCACUCACACGCAUGGUGAUAUGUGGUCCUCAGGGUUCGUCUGUCAUUACUCUGUUGGCAUCGAACCUGACCUGGGUUGACAGUGACCUGCUGACCUCUGAUGUGUGCCAACCUAACCCCACUCUGCUUGAAUGUCGGCCAAAUGAGAACCUUGCUGUAUUACUGACUGACAGCUGGCCCACAGAGCCUCCCACAACUAAACAAAACACUACAACAACUCCCGAAGCCUCAACACCAUCUGUGACCAACACUACCGAACAAACUGAAAGGACGCCUGAAAGUUCUACAACAGUUCGACAGGAAAAUGCAUCCCAAGCAACAGCUCAGCCUAACAUGACUACUCCACUCGCAACAAUUCACAGUACACAGCCGUCAACAGAAUUCACAACACUAUCCUCUGUCAACUCAACACUACAAGUGACUACAAAUGAUUCCAUGGGUUCAACGCUAAACGCAACUACACUGCCUCCAAAUCACACAACAACAUACAAUGUAACCACAGCUCCACCUUCAACCAAUCACACAACAGAUUUUAAUAUCACUACAGUUACACAUUCUCCGAAUGACACAACGGCACACAAUGUAACUACAGUCGGGCCAAUUACGCCUACCAAUCACACAACAGUUAACGGUAUAGUUACAGCAACUAGUAAUUACACAACACAGUACAACGUCACUGCAGCUCACAACAGUAGGAACUCAAAUAGUACAAGUAAUACAACAAUAAGCACAUUUACAGCUUCUACCAAUUACACAACAGUUGAAAAUAUAACCACUACUACUGUAACGCAAAACAAAACAGCCACAGACGAUGUAACCACUGCACCAAUCGGGGAAGCACAACAGAACACAACUGCUCCCUCUAAAAACAUGACAACGUCUACCACUGCGAACUAUAUGACUACAUUCCCCAAAAACUCAACUGUGGACAAUGUGACGUCUGUCGUUGACAACGCCACCAAAUCAACUGUAGCUCCACUGAACAACCAGACUGGAAAUCACACCACAGCAAGAGUGACCAACAACACGACAACAACCACCAACAAUGACAACUUCACCACAGCUUCUACUGUCAGUACCACCAUCAAUCCAUCAAACCAAACUACAACUAACGACUUUAACCAGACAACCCAAGUCAAUUUGACAACUACAGCAGCUGACGCCGCGGUUGACGCUACAACUUCAAACACAACGACAACAACUAUGCAUAGUACAGUUACGGCCCAGAUUAACAACACUAUUUCAAAGGUUCCAACGACUUCUUCGGCAACAACUUUCCAAACCACCACGCUCAACAGCACAACCGCAACAAAACCUGAAUUUACCUCCACAACCACCUCAGAGACAACUACAAGCCAAGAGGCCCAGGAGGAACAAGCAGACCAGCUGCUGAAUCAAACACAGGAUGCGUCUAAGUUUAACUCCUCUCAGGUGGCACAGUUGGCGGGGAACUUAGAGAAGCUUCUGGAUGGCCCCAAUGUCUCUCAGGCACUGGGACAAAAGGUUGUAAAAGUAAUAAGCAACCUGAUGGAAGGCGACUCGCUGGCCCUGUCUACAUCUGCUAACAGGCUGAUUAAUCUGGUAGAUGAUCUGGGUCUUAAACUGGUUGUCACUGGUGACAAAGAGGUCCUCUCUGCAGGUUCACUGGUUCUGGCAGUGAGGGAAGUCGAUGGGACCAACUUUCCAGAAACAUCCGUUGACAUUUUCAACACUGAAAAUGUCCAGCUCCGUGCCCUCAGUAGAUCACGGUCCAAGAGGUCCGGGUCUGCUCUUGGGUCCGUAUCCUUGCCCUCCUCCCUCACCAAGGGGCUCAGUCCUGAGCAACAGAAGGAGGCCAACAGGGUCCAGUUCAACUUCUACACCAAACCGGCCUUCUUCCAGGAUGCGACAUUAGAUAACGAAACCCUGGUCAGUCCAGUCCUGGCUGCCAGUGUGGCCAAUCUGUCAAUAAGCAAUCUGGCAGAGAACAUUAGCUUUACCAUCCGAAACAUCAACCCCAUACUUGAAAACUUCACAGCCUCCUGUGCAUUUUGGCAAUUAACCCAGAACGGUGGUGAAGGACACUGGAACUCUACUGGCUGCUUUGUUGUCAACACCACACCAGAAGAAACAACCUGCAGCUGCAACCAUCUCACAUCCUUUGCAAUUCUUCUGGAUUUGUCAAGAGAGGGACUAAUUGACCCUCAGCAGGCUGAAAUCCUUAGUUUCAUCACCUACAUCGGCUGUGGAAUCUCUGCCAUUUUCCUGGCUCUCACCUUACUGACAUAUCUCUCAUUUGAUAAACUGCUGCGGGAUAUUCCUGCCAAGAUCCUGGUUCAGCUCUGCCUGUCCCUCCUGCUCCUCAACCUGGUCUUCCUCCUGGACGGCUGGCUGGCGCUCUACCCGGCCAUCGGGCUCUGCAUUAGCACCGCCUUCUUCCUGCACUACUUCCUGCUGACAUCAUUCACCUGGGCGGGGCUUGAGGCCCUGCACAUGUACCUUAGCAUCGUCCAGGUGUUCACUCCCUACCUCAGCAGAUACAUGCUGAAGUUCUCACUGAUGGGCUGGGGCAUUCCUCUUAUCGUGGUGAUCAUUGUAAUAGCAGUGGACAAAGACAACUACGGUCUGGUCACGUAUGGAAAAUUCACAGAUGGCACUACAGGUGACUUCUGUUGGCUGCGUAAUGACAUCGCCUUCUACGUGGGCGUGGUGGCCUACUUCCUCCUGAUCUUUACUCUGUGCAUGGUGGUCUUCAUCGCCAUUCUGGUCCAGCUGUCCCGGAUCAAAAAGCAGAACCCUCAGAACCAGCCUCCCAACAGGGGAGUGAUGACAGAUCUGCGCAGCAUCGCUGGCCUCAUCAUCCUGCUGGGCCUCACCUGGGGGUUCGCCCUGUUCGCCUGGGGACCCCUCUACAUAGCCUUUGUUUACCUCUUCACUAUAUUCAACUCUCUGCAAGGAUUAUUUGUUUUUAUUUUCCAUUGUGCUGUGAAGGAGAGCGUCCAAAGGCAGUGGAGAACUUACCUUUGUUUCGGGAAACUGCGAUUGCCUGAGAACUCAGCUUGGAGUCGGACGGCCACCCAGAACACCAACAGGGAUAUGUCUACUGUCACGGCAACCACCUCAGCUCCCCUCUUCACCUCCCGAAGCUCCUCCGUCACCAGCAAUGGAACCGUUGGCAGUGACUCUGUGUUUCGGGACAGUGGAAUAUCUGACGGCUCCAACAGCGACGCCGUCCUCAACGAGAUUCACAGACGGAAUCUGUCACUCGGAGCGUCUCACGCCCACCCGGCGGCGGUUCAAUCACAGCCUGUGAAGGCCGGCCCCGGAGGCUGGCAGCAGUCGGCUAUUAAAAAGUUUUUACAUGAGUUCAAAUCUCCGAACAGCAGCACGACCUCUGACGUGAACCAAAUGAGAAAGCGCACUGUGUGA